CUAGUUCUUGUCUAUUUCACCUCCCACUUCCUCCCGUGGGAUUUAAGGCCCAGGGGAGGAACGGUGCAUGUUACUUACAUUCUUUGUGGUUAAUGCUUUGGAAAUGACUGCCGCCUGCCUGAAGCUUUUGCUUUCUGAUUUUAUCACUCCGCAUUCUUGCAAGAGACACACACUUCCGUUUUCUGAUCUGCUUCGGCAUUUGAGUCGUCAGGCUACAUUUGCAGCAAAGAAAAGAACUUGGAUCAACAUUGACUCCUCCCAAAGUGGUUCAUUGCUUCUUUAUUAUUUGCUUUUCUGUGUUUUUAACAAAAUUUGUUGGUUUCCGGGGGUGGGGUGGGGUGGGGGGAGGAUUGCCGUUGGCAAAUCAAGAAAAAAGAAAAAUUCUCCCUAAGCCAUCUUGUUUGGACUUGCUUGUUUAUUGCAAUUUGUUGUCUCCUUUGUUGGUUAUAAAGGCACGAUUGGGGAAAUAGAAUUCAUUAGUGUGUUUGGUGCAUCUGCAAAGCUAGGAACACCCACAAUAUUUUUUUUCUUAUUGCCUGUCACUGACCAUUGUGAUCUGUUCCUAUUUUAUUUUAAAUUCCUUUUCCACUCUGCUCAUGGAGCACAGAACAGGUUAACCUAUUUUUAGGUGUUCCUGCUUUCUCAUUCCCUAAAGGACAGCUUUUGAGAGAGACAGGUGUGUGUGUUUAUGUUUGUGUGUGCUACUUACAAACUUGGCUCUAUAGCAACAGGAAUUAAAACACUUUGAAGACACUAAUAAUGGUGUUGAAUUUUCCUUUCUUUUUAAAUCCAUGCAUAUGUUGUGUUUUCCCCUUCUAUACAUUGCUUAGUUUGUGACUUAAUUAUGUUAUAGGUGAAUCUAAAUGAGGCCAAAGAAUUAUUAAUCUAGCUGUGGAAAGCAAUCCAGCUGGGAAUUUAACAAGUUGAUUAUAUACUUGCGGAAAAGAAAAGGGCAAACCAUCUAGAUGUUAUAUGAGCAUUACAAACAGUAGCCAUAACACAGUGCUGCAGUAUGGAAUGCUUUUGUCCUACCCAGCCUUACCUUAUUCUGGGUAACUCCAUUCCAUUUCCCCCUACUUUUCUACACCCCUCCCUCCAAAAUAGACACUCUUGUCAAUGAUCAUAUUCUGUCCUCAUUGUGCUGUUUCUUGGGCAGCUGGUUGGCCACUGGACUAGAUGGGUCUUGGUUGAUCUUUUGCUCUCAUUUAUCCCCACAUCCAGUCUCCCAACAUCAAGUGACAUGUGAUUAUUAUUGGGUGUUUAUAGUGCAUUACCGUGACAUCCAGGAAUCAUAGAAUUGCAGAGUUGGAAGGGACAUCUAGUCCAGGGUGCAGCAAACUUUUUCAGCAGGGGGCCAGUCCACUGUCCCUCAGACCCUGUGGGGGGCUGGACUAUAUUUUGGGGAAAAACAAUGAAAGAAUUACUAUGCCCCACAAAUAACCUAGAGAUGCAUUUUAAAUAAAAGCACACAUUCUACUCAUGUAAAAACACGCUGAUUCCCGGACCGUCCAUGGGCUGGAUUUAGAAGGGGAUUGGGCCGGAUCUGGCCUCUGGGCCUUAGUUUGCCUACCCGUGAUCUAGUCCAACUCCCUGCAAUGUAGGGAAUUGCAACAAAUAAAAUUAUUAGUAGUAAAAGUAACAGUAGUAUAAUGCCCUGUGGAUCUCAGGGUGGUUUAUAACAUAAAAUUACAAUAUAAAAGAACUUGGAUAGGUGGGCAGCCCUACCUACAUGUCAAAUGUGACCUGCAAGGGGUAAGGGUGAUAAGGAUUUGGCUUGUUGAACACAUCAGGUUCCCCACCCCUGCUAUAGGUGGCGAAUUGCCUUCAUAAUUCAUAUUCUAUAGCAGCAGCUCUCUAGUCAGCAGCUCUUCCAGCCCUACCUGGAGAUUCAACCAUGGUCCUUGCUCUACCAUUGAGCUUUCACUCUUCCCCAUUCCAAAGAUUAUUUCUAUACGUGGUGGUUUUAUGCGUUGCAGUUGUUAUACUUGUUCCAUGUUCUCCUUGAAAGCUUUUAAAAAUUAUUAUUAUUUUUAAAAGGCCUACCCAACAACCAUUUACGCUAAUGGUUCCUGGCCAUGAAUACUAUCAGCUAAUUAGGUGUUGUGUCCUGUUUUGAUUGUACUUUAAUUUGCUCCUGGUGGAUCUCUUGCUCUUGAACUUAAAAAGAAAAGAAAAGGAUGGAUGGAUGGAUGAAACUCUAAAUAGGGCAGUUAAGCCAAUAAAAAGCUGUCUUGUACAUUUUCCAAGGGAAUUCCUUUAUCAUAGUGUUCUGCUCAUUCAAUUUGCAGAUGGCAAAGAAAGGAAAGCUGUAAAACACUCAAGGAUAGUAGAGUGCAUUGACAAAGCAGAGAACUGAAGAGUGUUUAGCUGAUUUUUCAGCUGAAAAAGAUGUCAUAACGCUAAUACCCUUUUGCAGCUUCAGGUGGCAGGCCUAGGUGUUGGACGGUCGAGGUGACCAUGUCCUCUAGAAGUCAGGGAGCCACCUGCACCUUGCUUCAAAAACCAGUCUGGUAUUUAAAAAAAUCUGUUUGUAGGUUAUAUACAAACUCAUUUAAGUGUCAUACGCAUCGGUGUUGUCUGAACUUUGCUGCAGAGUGUGUAGGCACUUUGACCCCCUUCUUAGCUUGCUGCCUCAUCACUUUCACACUCUCAGAUGUUCUCCUGUUGUAGCUGGCUGUACUUGCCUCUCUUUUCCUUCUGGGGAUGCUUCCACCACCAAAGCUAUGGAAGGAGAGAUUGGACAUGCGGAAAGUGAAAUCUCCACUGAGAUGGGAGAGAGGGCGCUCAUAUUCUCCGCAGCUGAGCAGCUCUGAUUGAGGGCGGAGAGGUGCAGUGUGCUUUUGCACUAGCAAAGGUGAACAAGAAGGCCACCCCCUGCCUUUCAGCAUCAGACCAGGUUGCAGUAUUUCAGAGAUCACCGCACGGAGCUACACCAUUUGAUGGUUCUCUUCUUAAGAAUGGCUCAGAUACAAGACGGUGGUGGCUAAUCAUGGAUCUUUCUGUUCUUGAUUUUUGCUGCUGUGUUUUAGCUUGGUAAUUGUAUUUAAACGAUUGGAUCAUUGCUGCUUUUAUGUUUGUAAGCUGCUUUAAGCAACUUCUUUUGCAGGAAGUGGGGAGAAGGGUAUAUAGAAUUUUUAAAAUAUAUAGAAUAGUUAUUUUAUGAUUUGACCACUGGGCAAGGGUGAUCCAGAAUGCUGAAACCAUAAAAUAAGUGGAAAACAGUAGCUAAGAGGGCUGGGUGCCCCCUGCCCUCCCCAGGGGGCGGUUCACAUAUAUUUUAAAGAAAUAUAUAGCUUAAGAAAAAAAAUUAAUAACCAGACUGAGUCCUAAGCACUAAGGGGGUAAUCCCCACUGAACUCUGUGCAAUGUGCUUCUGAAUAAUGAGGUUUAGGAGUGCAAUGUGAUUGCAGUUUGCUUUAAAACAAAUGGUUAUAGCUGAGAUUUAGAUUCAACAACAUGCAUAAAAGUUGUUCUUUAGACCAAAUAGAGCACAGGUUACCCAAGGCCACUAAGAGUCCGAACAUGUGAAUUGUAUGAAUAAUUCACGUGUGUUUAUCCUAUUCUUUUCGCUUAUUGUGUGCGACGAGCACCUUACGCUCCAUAGCAUGGAGGAGGUUUUGCUGAGUGUUUGCCAUGUAUGCGUGGAUGGGAAAUCUCAAUUAAAUCCAUGGAGGGGGGAAAAGGUACAUAUGUAGCGUGCAAGGUAAUAGGCUAUAGCAGAAAUAUCAUGAGUACCAGCUAAAUUUGUAGUGUGAGAUGGUCUUGAGAUAGCUGGUGGAAGUUCUGGUGUCAGCCUGCAACAAAAAUCUUGCAAAACAUUUUAGGGUGCAUGUGUGUGUAUAGAGGGAAUGCUUUCUGCAGGAGCUCUCGCAAAGUUGUCUACUGUUUUCCCAGUCCCUUCUCCCAAGCCAAGUUGUAGGCUUGGUUCCCCUUAGUAUCCCACUUUGUUUCUGCUUUGUCUCAGUCCCUUUUACUUAUUAAAAUCCACUGGUGACGUCUUCAGCAAAUACAAAAGGGGGGGGGAAUUAAUUGAGAGAAACUGUUGGUAAUACCCAUUUUAAAGGUUCUUGAGUCACAAUCGGAUUGCUGAACUCAAUGACCUAUCUUUUACAGAAGUAAAUCCAUGUAAUUUAUUCAGUAUCAAAGAAUAUGUGUGAUAUUUUUCUUUUCUUUUGGUAGAAUGAUUGAACAGAGCCUCCAAAUACACGGUACCUGUCUAUGAAUUCCCCCCCCCCCAAGCCCCCAUUGAUUUCUAGUUUAGAAUCAAAUUAUCUGGCACUUUCUACAUUUAGUAGGGGGAAAUGGAAAGCUUUAUGUGAAUAGAGGAGAGAAACCUCGGCAAGCCGGGAGCGAAUGCGCAAUUGGUCGUGUAUCUUGUUUGUAAUGGUUUGGGUGCUUCACAUUGAUUUCCUUUUACCAUUUGUGCUUUGUGGGAUAUUGAACUCAAGGAACAUGACAGAACGAAAGAGGAAGCCCAAGUUCUCCAGGGAGGAGCUGGACAUUCUGGUCACGGAAGUGACUCGGAACGAAGCCAGGCUGUUUGGAAGGGAGACGAUACGUCUAUCCCACGCAGACAGGGACAAGAUCUGGGAAAGUAUAGCCAGGAAAAUCACAUCGGUGAGCCAGGUCCCCAGGUCUGUGAAAGAUAUUAAGCACAGGUGGGACGACAUGAAGAGAAGGACCAAAGACAAACUGGCAUACAUGCAGAGGUCCCUCUCCAGUCCCAGCAGCCCGGGGAGGCCCUCGGCCAUUGUCCUGACCGCCCACGAGAGAGCCAUCGAGUCGACGCUGCAUUCGUCACGCCAGAGGCACGGCUUCCGGAGAGCGGAUCUGGACGUGGUUGACAGCCCAUCAACCAGCUCUGACGAAGAUGUGGAGGUGCCCGGCCCCUCGCGGGAACACCACUUUUCAUCACUGCAGAGGCACGCAGAAGAAGCUGACCUUAUCUCCAUCCCAUCAUACCUUCAUUCUUCUUCUCUGUCAGAUCACUCGGAUGUUAUUAACCAAAGGCAGGAAAUGAGGCAACCAAACCCAUGUUCCCAGUCUUCCUUUAGGCCCCCUCGGCCCUAUGCCCAAAGCCCACCCAUCUCUGGCUUUGACCGCCAGCUCUUCGACACCCACAUUGAACAGACGGAGCUCUUCAGGCAGUUCUGCCAAGAGCUGGUAACAAUCCACAGAGACAUGGCAAAUAACAUGCAUGUGAUCAGCCAGAGGAUGUCUGACCUGACUGGGCAGGUCAGCCAGAUGUGCCAGACCUUGACCAAAAUCAAGGACGAGCUUCAGACUUUGAACAAGGGUCAGGUUCCUAGCACUAGGCAGGUGGCAGCACCAGUGAACCCUUCUGAACCCAAGGCAGGGAAUAGCCAAAGCCAUCCCAAGCAGACGCCUCUUCCUCGGACGACUAGGUCACGCAAGAGAAAGCACCACUUCUAGCUCCCUUCAUAUUAAACAGGAAAGAGUAGCUGAGGUUGGGUUAGAAAAAAAAUCCAUUAGCAUGACUAUUGGGGAAGAUCGGUGAGAGUUCCCUAUUAAGAUGAAUAUAAAUUAUGGCAAUUUAGCAGUAGGCUUUGCUCUGUGCACUUGGAAGCGCAGCACCUUGCCUGCCCGCCCUGUAUUAGAAGCUGGGGACACCUUAAAUGCACACAGGUGAAAUUUAAUGGCUGUCUUGCUCUAUGGAGUCAAGGUGCACAUAGAUUUGUUUCCUUAACCUUUUAUGCUCAGGAAACGUUACUUAGGCUUUGCAUUUAAAUAAUUGCACUUAAGGUAAAACAAUCCACAACUAUAUGCUUCUGCAAAUGCACUAUGUGGAUCUAAGAGCCGUAAACGGACUACGUUCUUUGCCAUAAUUAGCUAUUGUGGUUUGAGUACUAAAGCUGGGUAGAUACUGACAAAAGGAGGGACCUGGAAAAAUAGGAAAAAACAAUGCCUGCUUUUGAAGCGUGCAAACCACCACCCAGCACACUGGACUUACUCAUCAGCUUUUUCUGUCAGGUAGCAAAAGCAGUUAUGGCAGGUGUCAGCCACUUCAGGCCUUUAAAAGGGGUUAGCUAGCAGAAUUUGGUAAUAUUGCAGUCCAUAAAAAUAAGUGCAUUCUUUUGAAAGUAUGUUGCACUGAAAUCAGUUUGCUAAACCUGCUAGAAGCAUGUUUUGGAUAAGGUAAACCACUGGUUAGCCUGCUAAUUUUUCUACUUGGUCAUGCCAGACUACAUCUUCAGUUCUUUAGGAUAUUAAUAAGAGUAGUGCAGUAAUCCCUCAGCUUAAAUGGGGGUUACAUUCUGGGUAUCGCACCUAAAGCCAAAAUUGCUUAUAGGCAAACACUGGGUGCAAUAGUUGGUGGAAUUGCCAAAACAUUUUUCUCCUGGAUGCCCACCCCGCUUUCCACCCAUAUAUGUCAAAGCUGAACGCACACAAGUUAAAUGUGUGGAAGUUGUGGACUUAACUGUAUACUAAGCUGUACCUUAAAAAAAAAAAAGCUCACAAAUUUAACCUUUUGAGUUGAGGGAUGGCUUUUUCAGAAGCAACUAAC